UCCGACGAGCCAUAUCCUUUUCCCCUCCCCUCUCCGGUCUCGGUGUGGGCUCUGACGAAUUGAUGAUCUGUGAUAGGGGCUUAUCCACGUCAACUCUACUUCCGGCCGCCUAUUCGAGCAACUUCGGCCGCAGUUUUCCCGCUGAAUCACAUGCAUAUGUAUGUUAUCCCAUGUUCCGUCACCAUCAAAUCCAUCGCAAAUGGUCUCUUCUUGGCCGACACCGCUGCAUAUACCGUACGAACGAAUAUAGGUACUUCAACCCAGGGGUCGAAAGAAUUAGGUAGGGCUGUUUAUCGUUGGUCUGCAUCCCCGGCACCUGCAUCUCGCUUAACAUCCUGCUGCACGUUUCAUCUGAAGAAUUCAAAACCCCCUACGAUCAUACCGAUAAUCCUUCGUACAACGUACAACGUACAGACCAGAGUACAUAAUUACCCCACUACCAAACGUGUUGACAGCCUUGCAGAGACCGGAAAACCCCGCGGGAGCGGAGCGGAGUCUCUUCCCGGAUCACGAUGCCUACGGUACAUACGUGGGUUUGUACGUACUCCGUGGCUUCAAGUGGCUCCCUUCCUCCCACUCUUCGAGCGGUUUCCACGUGCAUACGACGUACAUAGGAACGAACGUCCUAGUCAGGGGUUAGGACGAUCGGACGCGAAUGCCCAGACAACCGAGAGAGCGGGCGGUUCGCUCCUUUGCAAUUGUGGCGGAGGCGGGCGGGACGGAGGAGGGGAAUGCCCGCUUUGCCAUGUCAUUUUAGCCGUCAACCUCUCGUCUCAAUGCGCUCAAUGCGUGUGCCAUCGGUAGUCGGGUUGCGGGCCGAUUCAUAUCAUCAAGGACCCAUUGGCCUUUUGCCGAGACUACGAAUACAUUAGCAAUAUUAGGCUCUGACAUGACAGAGCUCUCAUAAUAUGUGAUUAUGGCUGUGGGAGUUUGUGUUUUGUAUGAAUAGAUCAGGAAGUGAGUGGGUGCAUUACCCGACGGUUGGUCGUGAUAAACCCACGCUCCGGUUGAGGUGAGACAAAUGGGCUGUCAAAGGAGUCUCUACUCCGUAAUCCUGAGAUCUUUUAAAAAGAAGAAGUAAACUCGAGGGACCCUAGCCGAUCGAACUGGCCCCGUGGGAAUGAAGCAAUUUACCUCAUCUUAUGGCCCUUUUCCCGCUGUCAACAACUCGUCAACCAACCUCCCUACCUAUGUAAGGUAAGGAAAUUGUAAAUUGCCCUUUUUGGCAUGACGCAUUCCACAACCGAGCC